GAGGGGCAGGAGUUUAGGAAGAGGAGGGAAUGGCUGUCAUCAAUGAAGUCAUGUUCGUAAUCUAGUCCCUCGCUCCGGUUCUGGACUCGGGUGACUCACUGAGGGGGGAGAGGAGCGACAGUCAGCACCGUGCUCCGCCCGGGCGGAAGAGCUAUUCUGCUAAUUGAAAAGGAGACAGAAAAUAGAUGUCCACGCCUACAGACCCUGGCGCCAUGCCUCAUCCUGGUCCUUCUCCUGGGCCAGGACCUUCACCUGGACCGAUUCUGGGACCUAGUCCAGGACCAGGGCCGUCUCCUGGCUCCGUUCACAGCAUCAUGGGGCCAAGUCCUGGUCCGCCCAGUGUCUCACAUCCAAUGCCGACAAUGGGGCCUACAGAUUAUCCACAAGAAGGCAUACAUCAAAUGCAUAAGUCUAUUGAUGGCUUGCAUGAAAAAGGAAUGGUUGAAGAUGUUCAUUGUGGCUCCAUGAAGAGUAUGCGACCUCCUCAUCCAGGAAUGGGUCCACCUCAGAGUCCAAUGGACCAGCAUAGCCAAGGUUAUAUGUCUCCACAUCCAUCUCCACUAGGAGCACCAGAGCAUGUGUCCAGUCCAAUAUCUGGAGGAGGUCCAACACCACCUCAGAUGACUCCCAGUCAGCCAGGACCCAUUAUAGCAGGAGACCCACAAGUUAUGAAUCAGCCUAACAGAGGGCCUUCCCCUUUCAGCCCUGCACAGCUGCAUCAGCUGCGGGCUCAGAUUCUAGCUUACAAAAUGCUGGCUAGGGGUCAGCCCUUACCAGAAAACCUCCAGCUUGCUGUCCAGGGCAAGAGAACCCUGCCUGGCAUUCAACAGCAGCAGCCUCCCAGUGCCUUCAACAGACAGUCUGGUAUUGGAUUACAUGCAAUGAGUGGUGCUGCAGCUGGACCAGGAGCUGCGCCAGGGAUGCCUGGACAUACAACUGCCGUUACCCCUAAAACUUGGACUGAAGGCCAAGCCCCAGAUAUGAGUGUCUCCAAUGCACAACAAAAGCUUCCAGCGCCAGCUCCUAGUGGGAGGCCUUCUCCUGCGCCCGCUGCCACCCAGCCUGCUGCCACCAUGCCUGGGCCCUCUGUACCACAGCCCCCUCCUGGACAGCCUUCACCUAUUGUCCAGCUGCAGCAAAAGCAGAACCGCAUCAGCCCUAUCCAGAAGCCACAAGGAUUGGAUCCUGUUGAAAUACUCCAAGAACGUGAAUAUAGACUUCAGGCUCGAAUUGCUCACAGAAUCCAGGAACUGGAGAACUUGCCUGGUUCUUUGCCCCCUGAUCUGCGAACCAAAGCUACAGUGGAAUUGAAAGCACUUAGGUUACUGAAUUUCCAACGCCAGUUAAGACAAGAGGUAGUAGCCUGCAUGCGUCGUGACACAACACUGGAGACAGCACUGAACUCCAAAGCCUACAAAAGAAGCAAGCGCCAGACUCUGAGAGAGGCUCGUAUGACAGAAAAGCUUGAAAAACAGCAGAAGAUAGAACAGGAGAGGAAGCGUAGGCAGAAGCACCAGGAAUACCUGAAUAGCAUAUUGCAACAUGCUAAAGAUUUUAAAGAGUACCACCGGUCAGUUGCUGGGAAAAUUCAGAAACUGUCUAAAGCUGUGGCAACUUGGCAUGCCAACACUGAACGUGAGCAGAAAAAAGAAACUGAGAGAAUUGAGAAAGAAAGAAUGAGGAGACUAAUGGCUGAAGAUGAAGAAGGCUACCGUAAGCUGAUUGAUCAAAAGAAAGACAGACGCCUGGCCUACCUGUUGCAGCAGACAGAUGAGUAUGUGGCUAACUUGACUAACCUGGUAUGGGAGCAUAAACAGGCACAAGCAGCCAAAGAGAAGAAGAAGCGAAGGAGAAGAAAGAAGAAAGCUGAAGAAAAUGCAGAAGGAAUGGCAUCUGGUCUUGGUCCUGAUGGAGAGCCCAUAGAUGAGAGCAGUCAGAUGAGUGACCUUCCAGUCAAAGUGACUCACACUGAAACAGGCAAAGUUCUUCUUGGACCAGAAGCACCUAAAGCAAGUCAGUUGGAUGCUUGGCUGGAAAUGAACCCUGGCUAUGAAGUUGCUCCCAGAUCAGACAGUGAAGAUGAAAGUGGUUCUGAAUAUGAAGAGGAGGAUGAGGAAGAAGAAUCAAGCAAAUUAGAAACAGAUGAGAAGAUACUCCUGGAUCCUAACAGUGAGGAAGUUUCUGAGAAAGAUGCAAAGCAAAUCAUUGAGACAGCCAAACAAGAUGUGGAUGAUGAAUAUAGCAUGCAAUAUAGUGCUAGAGGGUCUCAGUCCUACUACACUGUUGCUCAUGCAAUCACUGAAAGGGUGGAAAAGCAGUCUUCUCUUCUUAUUAAUGGCACAUUAAAACAUUAUCAGCUCCAGGGACUGGAAUGGAUGGUUUCUCUCUAUAAUAACAAUCUGAAUGGAAUUUUAGCAGAUGAAAUGGGACUAGGAAAGACUAUACAGACUAUUGCUCUCAUCACUUACCUGAUGGAGCAUAAGAGACUCAAUGGCCCCUAUCUCAUCAUUGUUCCCUUGUCGACUUUAUCCAAUUGGACAUAUGAAUUUGACAAAUGGGCUCCUUCUGUUGUGAAGAUAUCUUACAAGGGUACACCUGCAAUGCGCCGCUCACUUGUUCCUCAGCUUCGAAGUGGAAAAUUUAACGUUCUUUUAACUACUUAUGAGUACAUAAUAAAGGACAAACAUAUCCUUGCUAAGAUUCGGUGGAAGUACAUGAUAGUAGAUGAGGGCCAUCGAAUGAAGAACCAUCACUGCAAGCUGACUCAGGUCUUGAAUACUCACUACGUGGCCCCUCGGCGAAUCCUGCUGACUGGGACUCCUUUGCAGAACAAAUUGCCUGAACUUUGGGCUCUUCUCAAUUUCCUUCUUCCAACCAUUUUCAAGAGCUGCAGCACCUUUGAACAGUGGUUCAAUGCUCCAUUUGCCAUGACUGGAGAAAGGGUGGACUUAAAUGAGGAAGAAACUAUUCUGAUCAUCCGUCGUCUCCAUAAAGUGCUUCGGCCCUUCUUGCUGAGAAGACUGAAGAAGGAGGUUGAGUCUCAACUGCCAGAGAAGGUGGAAUAUGUGAUCAAAUGUGAUAUGUCAGCUCUUCAAAAGAUCCUGUACCGUCACAUGCAAGCCAAGGGGAUCCUUCUCACAGAUGGUUCUGAAAAGGACAAGAAGGGAAAAGGCGGAGCAAAAACUCUUAUGAACACUAUCAUGCAAUUGAGAAAGAUAUGCAAUCACCCGUACAUGUUUCAACACAUUGAGGAGUCCUUUGCUGAACAUCUGGGCUACUCAAAUGGUGUCAUUAACGGAGCUGAACUUUAUCGGGCCUCAGGGAAGUUUGAGCUACUCGAUCGUAUUCUACCAAAGUUACGAGCUACUAACCAUCGUGUGCUUCUUUUCUGUCAAAUGACAUCACUCAUGACCAUUAUGGAAGACUACUUCGCAUUUCGAAAUUUCCUUUACCUGCGUCUCGAUGGCACAACAAAAUCAGAGGAUCGAGCUGCUCUUUUGAAGAAGUUCAAUGAACCUGGAUCACAAUACUUUAUCUUCUUGCUGAGUACAAGGGCUGGAGGACUAGGCUUAAAUCUCCAGGCUGCUGACACCGUUAUAAUCUUUGAUAGUGACUGGAAUCCUCAUCAGGACUUGCAGGCCCAGGAUAGAGCUCACCGAAUUGGUCAGCAGAAUGAAGUCAGAGUCCUGCGACUGUGCACCGUGAACAGUGUGGAAGAGAAGAUACUUGCUGCAGCAAAGUAUAAGCUGAAUGUAGAUCAAAAAGUUAUUCAGGCAGGAAUGUUUGAUCAGAAAUCUUCAAGCCAUGAAAGGAGAGCAUUCCUACAAGCUAUAUUGGAGCAUGAAGAAGAAAAUGAGGAGGAAGAUGAAGUUCCUGAUGAUGAGACUCUGAAUCAGAUGAUUGCUCGACGUGAGGAGGAAUUUGAUCUCUUUAUGCGCAUGGACAUGGAUCGUCGCAGGGAAGAUGCCAGAAACCCUAAACGUAAACCUCGCUUGAUGGAGGAGGAUGAAUUACCAUCCUGGAUUAUUAAGGAUGAUGCUGAAGUUGAAAGGCUUACAUGUGAGGAAGAAGAAGAGAAAAUAUUUGGAAGAGGAUCCCGUCAGCGCAGGGAUGUGGACUACAGUGAUGCUCUCACGGAGAAGCAGUGGCUGCGGGCAAUUGAAGACGGCAAUUUGGAAGAAAUGGAAGAGGAAGUCCGGCUUAAAAAGCGAAAGAGAAGAAGAAACGUGGAUAAGGAUUCCGGGAAGGAGGAUGGAGAGAAAGCAAAGAAAAGAAGAGGCAGACCUCCUGCAGAGAAGCUGUCGCCCAAUCCACCCAAACUGACAAAACAAAUGAACGCUAUCAUUGAUACUGUGAUAAACUACAAGGAUAGUUCGGGACGGCAGCUAAGUGAAGUCUUCAUUCAGCUUCCAUCUAGGAAAGAGCUGCCAGAGUAUUAUGAAUUGAUUAGGAAGCCAGUGGACUUCAAAAAGAUAAAGGAAAGAAUUCGCAACCAUAAAUAUCGGAGUCUUGGGGAUUUAGAAAAAGAUGUCAUGCUGCUGUGUCACAAUGCGCAGACAUUCAACUUGGAGGGAUCUCAGAUCUAUGAGGAUUCCAUUGUUCUUCAGUCUGUGUUCAAAAGUGCACGACAGAAAAUAGCCAAAGAAGAAGAAAGUGAGGAUGAAAGCAAUGAUGAUGAAGAAGAAGAUGAAGAAGAAGAAUCGGAAUCAGAAUCAAAAUCAGUGAAAGUCAAAAUCAAGUUAAAUAAGAAGGAUGAAAAAGGUCGGGAAAAAGGAAAAGGCAAGAAGAGGCAAAGCAGAGCAAAAGCCAAGCCUGUCGUGAGUGAUGAUGAUAGUGAUGAGGAUCAAGAUGAAAAUGACCAGUCGGAAGCAAGCGGAAGUGAUGAUGAGUGAUCCAUAGGGUUUAUUUUCUUGGCAGAACUGACCCCUUCCCCUUCUCUUCUCUUUUCUCUUAUUUUACACCCAGUGAAUUCUUUUUGUCAAAUAGACAUCGGGUUGUUUCUGUAUUCUCAUUCUCUAUAAAUUAGCUUUAGGAUAGUGCCAGACAAACAUAUGAUAUCAUGGUGUAAAAAAGGCAAAAAAAUGUAACAUAUUGUGACCAAAUGGGCCUCAAAAAACAACAAAGAAACCUUUUGAGGGGAAAUGUGGGUUGAUAGUAUAUUUCUAUCGGCUGAUUUUGACUUGGUAAUGGUUUGAUUGUGCCUGGUUUCAUCAUUUGAUAAGGUUUUUUUCAGUGGCAUCAGAAAGGCAACAAAAAAAAAGUCUUUUGUAGCAUUGAUAACCAGGAGAAGUCAUUAAAAGGCACUGGUUAUUUUAUUUUUCAUCAGGCAGUUUUCAAAUUUUUUAUUUGUCCUGUAUUGGUUUUUUACACUGUGGUACAUAUAUGCGACUUUGUUUAAUAGCUUAUAAAUGUUCAGUAGUUAGCUUUCAUACACCUUGCCCCAUAUAAGUUUUUCCACUUUAUGCUUGAUGAUCUUCCAAAAAAGGCUUUUUGAAUUGUAUCAAAUUUAUGUCUACUGUAAACUUUGCUUAACUUUUUUUUUCUCUAUUAAAGAAGUUGGUUUUAAAAUGCUAUUGAA